AUGGAAAUGAAUCCAACCGCCGGCGGAGGCGUCAACCAACCCUGCUGUGGAGAACGCUCGCUUCCUAAUGGUCAGAGCGGGCGGGACGGGCGGAAUCCCGAAAUACGAUUGGACCGCGAGCUGUCAAUCAAGGGUCGGGCCGAGAAUUACCUCAUCAAAAGUCGGUUGGUUUUGGAGAAUCUUCAGCCUGAAAUGUGGAAUGAGGAACAUGAGAACACUCUCGAUGAUUUUGUACAUGAUCUGAAUCAGAGGGUUCUGACUGUGCACAUAGAUGAGUACCUUGGGCUGCAGGUGCUCCUUGGCACACCGUCACAGCCCACGGAUUACCUCAUGUACUUCAUCCGCAAGGAGAAAGCCAAUAUCGACGCAGAGAACUUUGUGCACGUUGUCCAGUUUGGAAGCAUCCGGGGAGGGCACCUGGAGAGCCUGCUGAGGCACAUGCUGGGCAUCUACGGUCCUCAGUUCCUGGACAACCGAAUGUGGCCUGAGAGCCUCAAGAACAAUUUUUCGGCACAUCUUCACAAGUUCCUCGCCAGCCUUACAGAUGCUCGCUACAAGUUGGACGGCCACACAGUCCUCUAUAUCCCGAUUGAAAGCUUGAACCUGACACCUGAACAGGCAGCAAUGGACAAAGAGCUUGUACAGAGGCUGGAAACCGCUGUUGUUCAUUGGACUCGUCAGAUAAAGGAUGUGUUGAGUGCUCAAGAGGCCGUGGAAACAGGCGAGAUCUCGGGUCCACUGGAUGAGAUUGAGUUCUGGCGCAAUCGCUGUGAUGAUCUGUCGGGGAUUGGUUUUCAGCUGGAUAAAGCUGGUGUCAAACACAUCCAGUCUAUUCUCGAGCUUUCCAAAUCCUCUUACAUUGCUCCCUUUCUCAAACUAGCCAAGCUUAUCCAGGAUGGACGCUCCCAGGCACAGUCAAACCUCAGCUUCCUGGCCAUCCUCAGAAACCCCUGUGCAGAGCUGACAACGCUGAAAGUCAAAGCCAUUCCAGAGAAGCUGCCUCACAUCCUCAGUCUCAUCCGUAUCAUCUGGGUCAAUUCAAAGUUCUACAACACCAGGGAUCGCAUCACUGCUCUCUUCCGCAAACUGAGUAACGAGAUAAUCCGUUUGUGCUCCAGAGAGAUCUCAUUGGACAGGAUAUUUGACGGUCACAUCAAAAUGAGUAAGGCUACUCUCCACGACUGCAUCGAGUGUUGCCGAGCCUGGAAGACGCACUUUGCCCGCGCAGCCUCCAUUCACACCAGGUUUUCAAACAUUCCCUGGAUCUUAGACAACACAAGCGUCUUUGCUCAAGUGGAUGCCUUCAUACAGCGCUGCAGGGACCUGCUUGAGGUGUGUGACUGCCAGGAGUUCUUUGCCCGAUGGGAAGAUGGCGAGCAGAUACCACUGCCCUGUUUUGGGGGACAUCGCGGUCCUGAUAUAACGCGGAGCCUCCUGGAGAUUGAAGCCACCUUUGAUAAAAACCUACAAAUGCUAAAAGUCAUGAAAAAUGAAAUCCUGGAUGUAAAGAAUACAUUCUGGCACGAUGAGUACAGCAGGUUCCGUUCAGCUAUCAAAGAUCUGGAAGUCAUGACGCAGAACCUGAUCUCGUCCUCGUUUGAAACCAUGACUACAGUGCAGCAAGGGGUGGAGUUCUUGGACGUAUUCCAGCGCCUUUCAAACCGUGAGACCAUCAAACGGACCAUUGACAAAAAGACAGUGGAAGUCUACAUACUGUUCAACGAGGAGCUGUCGUGGGUGAACAAAGACCUGAAUAGGAAGGCCAUACACCUGGCCCCACAGAUGCCACGGUUUGCUGGCCAGGCACACUGGGGCCGCUCCCUUCGGCGUCGCAUCGAUAGAUCCAUGCAGCUUCUGACACAAUCCACCUUCCUGCCCAAAAUUGGAUUGGGCGAAGAGGCAUUGGGAUUCUGCCAGACGCUGGAGCAGUCUCUGGACGAAUUUGUACGCAAGAUCUUCACAGACUGGACGGUCAAUAUAGAUCGAGAGAGCAUAAAGCGGCUGGAGAGACCCCUGAUGAUCCGUAACCCUGAGGAUCGGGGCAAGCUCAGUGUAAACUUCGACAUGUACCUGUUGGAGUUGUUCGAUGAAAUCUAUUACUGGGAGCGCUUGGGUUUUGAGAUCCCUCACUAUAUAAUGGAAAUCUACCAGCGAAGGGAAGACCUGAGGAUGCUACGAGAGAGUGUUCUCUUGGUCGUCCGUGAUUACAACAGAAUCCUUGAUCAGUUAACGAAAGAGCAGCGGAAUCUCUUCCGAGACAGAAUCAAAUUCCUAGACAAGAAAAUUGCCCCAGGGCUGUCAAAGCUUCAAUGGACGGCCAGAACACUGUCUACUUACUUCAUUGAUGAUUGCCGGAUGCAAGCUAGAUUGCUGCAGCUGACAAUUGAUGAGUACAAAGCAUCAAGCCUGGCGAUCAAACAGUAUGCCUGCCAAAUGAGUGAAAUGCUGCUGGUGCAUAUCGACAGCAAGCGCACGUACAGUGACAAGGAGUUUAGAGACGCACAGCAGGCACACCAAGAAAAGGUCCAGUCAAAACUCUCAAAAAUACACAAGGAGAUCGUAACAAUCAUGCGUCAGACAUAUCUCGUGUUUAAGAACGACGGAUCUGAGGUGCAGCAUUUUUGGUUGAAUUAUGCCAAGAAGGUUGAUCGAAUGGUGGAAGAAGCCUUCAGACUAAAUAUUAAACGGUCGCUGCUGGAGCUGUCCAAGGCCAUCAAUGGGGAUCCUAAAUCCACACCCAAUGCUCUCUUCAGAGUCCUGGUGACCCUUCUGGAUGACAUACCUCAAGGCCAACAACAGGUGGAAUUUUCUCCCACUCUAUCCAGGCUUGCAAGCACGGUCAACAGCAUAAGUUUUCAGAUUAAGAACGCCCUUUCCAUCUUCAAGCGUAUCCCAGAGCUACUGACCAGGAGGAAAACUACUCUGAUCCCUGUCCACCAAAAUAUUGAGAACGAUGAAGAGAUUAAAAAGAUCCAAGGUAUGAUCAAUAGUGGCAUGGUGACCAACGCUGCAAAUCUUCAGAACUAUCUGAAAACCUGGGACACCUAUCGCGAGAUCUGGGAGAUCAACAAAGUUUCCUUCAUCCGCCGUUACCAGCGUCUCAAUCCGGCCGUCUCAUCCUUUGAUGCAGAUAUCGCCCGCUACACAGAAGUGGCCAACAAUGUCCAGAAGGAGGAGACCAUCGUGCAGAUUCAAUUUGUUCUUCUUGAUUGUUCUCCAUUGAAAUUCUCUUUGGUUCAACACUGCAACGAGUGGCAGAAUAAGUUCACCACACUGUUGAGUGAGAUGGCAGGCCACAUGCUACUCAAUUUCUGUGAAUUCCUUGAAAAAAACCGCACCAAGGUCAGCCAUAUUCCACAGAACUUGGAAGAGCUGACCGCUGGGAUUCAGCUUCUGGAGUAUCUUCUGAACGAGCUCCCAAAGACAGAGGCACGCAUCACGCCCAUCCACGAGCAGUUCAACAUCCUGGAGAAAUAUGAGUUCCAAAUUGAAGAAAGUAUCCAGCAGAGAUUGGAGUCGCUGAAUGGUGAAUGGCUCAACUACCAGCAGGCAAUCAGUGACAGUGAAGCCAUGCUGAAGAAACAGAAGGAGAAAUUCAGGAACAGCCUCAUCCAUUCUGCAGAAGAGCUGAAGAAGAAGACACAUAACGCCAUUGAAGAUUUUGCCAUGAAAGGGCCCUUCAGCAGCUCAGUGAGCACAGACACCGCCCUGACUAUCAUCAAUGAACUACGAAAUAACCUCAACCUCCUGAAGCAAGAGGAAGAAACCAUUCGCAGCGGCCUCAACGUCUUCAAGAUUGACCAGCCCUUAUCCAAAGAGCUGCAGAACCUGGAGAGGGAUCUUGAUUUCCUGCAGCAGGCAUGGGAGGUCACCAAGCAAUGGGAGGACUCUUGGGCAGAGUGGAAGGGAGGAAAGUUCAGCUUAUUACAGACGCAUAUUAUGGAAAAUACUGCCAUGGGGUACUUCAGGAAGCUGAACAAGCUGAGCCAGAUUCUCAAGGAUAAAAACUGGGACAUUGUAUCUGCAUCAAAGAACAAGGUUCUGCAGUUUAAGAAGACAAUGCCUCUGAUUGCAGACUUGAGGAAUCCAGCCAUGCGCGACAGACACUGGAACAGCAUCAAAGAUGAGGUGCAGAAAUUAUUUGAUCAGACUAGUGAUGAUUUUACCCUGGAGAAGAUUAUUGAGCUGGGCUUGGACCAACACUCGGAUGCAAUCAGCAGCAUCUCAUCUGCAGCCACCAAGGAGCUCUCCAUCGAAAUGGCUUUGGAAGCAAUAAAAAAAACUUGGGAAGUUACAACUCUUGAUCUGUUGCCUUACAAGGACAAAGGCCAUUUUAAGCUGAGAGGAACGGAUGAAAUCUUCCAGGCGUUGGAGGAAAACCAACUCACACUGUCGACCAUGAAGUCUUCCCCAUAUCUGAGGGCUUUUGACAAACAAGUGGAUUAUUGGGAACGGUGCCUGUCUCUCAUUCUGGAGGUGAUAGAAAUUAUCCUAACCGUACAGAGGCAGUGGUUGUACCUGGAGAACAUUUUCCUUGGCGAGGACAUCAGAAAACAGCUUCCUCUGGAGUCAGCAGAGUUUGAGAACGUUGAUGCGCAGUGGAAAAUCAUAAUGCAUCGUCUGGUCCGUGAUCCCAAUGCUCUUCAGGGAACCCAUCACCCAGGUUUACUGGACACAUUGAAUGGCAUGAACUCAAAGCUGGAAGAGAUUGAGAAAUCCCUGGACAUGUACCUGGAGACCAAGCGCCAAAUCUUCCCACGCUUCUACUUCCUGUCCAAUGACGACCUGCUGGAGAUCUUGGGACAGUCCCGCAACCCUCCAGCAGUGCAACCCCACAUGAAGAAAUGCUUUGACAACAUCAAAACUCUCAAAAUGCAAAAGAUCGGAACCACCAACAAGAUGGAAGCUGCUGGAAUGUUUGCCGCUGACGGAGAGUACGUGGAGUUCAAACAUCCCACUCUGCUCGAGGGUCCUGUGGAGGCAUGGCUCUGUGAUGUGGAACGCACCAUGCGUUUUAGUCUUAAAGACCUGCUGAAAGAGUGUCGCUUGGCCCUGAAGAAGAUGCUCACCAGACGGGACAAAUGGGUGAAGGAUUGGCCUGGUCAGAUGCUUAUCACCUCAAGCCAGAUUCAAUGGACCACUGACGUCACCAAGGCUCUGAUGUCAGCCAAAGAAGUGGGUGAGAAGAAACCGAUUCGGGUUAUUAAAAGGAAGCAGGUGAGCAUGCUGCGCAAGUAUUCUGAAGCCAUCCGUGGAAACCUCACAAAGAUCAUGCGUCUGAAGAUCGUGGCUUUGGUAACAGUGGAAGUCCACGCAAGGGAUGUCAUCGAAAAAUUGUAUAAGCUCGGCUGUAUGGAUGUGACUGCGUUUGAUUGGCUCAGUCAGCUCCGCCUCUACUGGGACAAGGAUGUAGAUGACUGUAUCAUUCGACAAACCAACACCCAUUUCCAGUAUGGCUACGAGUAUCUGGGGAACUCAGGGCGACUGGUGAUCACUCCACUCACAGACAGGUGUUACGUGACAUUGACGACAGCUCUCCACCUGCACCGAGGAGGAUCUCCCAAAGGACCAGCGGGUACAGGAAAGACCGAGUCUGUGAAAGAUCUGGGAAAAGCCCUGGGAAUGUAUGUGAUAGUGGUGAACUGCUCAGAAGGCUUGGACUACAAAUCUAUGGGUCGAAUGUACUCUGGUUUGGCACAGACUGGAGCUUGGGGUUGCUUUGAUGAAUUUAACCGCAUCAACAUUGAGGUGUUGUCUGUGGUGGCCCAGCAAAUCCUCUCCAUCCUGUCUGCUCUUUCUGCCAACCUGACCCGCUUUGUCUUUGAGGGCCGUGAGAUUAACCUGGUCUGGUCGUGUGGCAUCUUUAUCACCAUGAACCCAGGGUAUGCUGGGCGUACGGAGCUUCCAGACAACCUCAAGUCAAUGUUCAGGCCCAUCUCCAUGGUGGUUCCUGACUCAACGCUAAUUGCUGAGAUCAUCCUUUUUGCAGAGGGAUUCAACAACUGUAAGGCCCUUGCUAAGAAAGUCUUCACUCUCUACUCGCUGGCUGUGCAGCAACUGUCCAAGCAGGAUCACUAUGACUUUGGCCUGAGAGCCCUCACAUCCCUGCUCCGCUAUGCCGGCAAGAAGCGACGGGACAAGCCUCAGCUCUCUGACGAGGAGAUCCUCCUGUUGUCUAUGAAAGAUAUGAACAUGGCCAAGUUAACCUCCAUUGACCAUCCGCUGUUUAGUGCCAUUGUUCAGGACCUGUUCCCUGGGGUGGAAACCCCAGUUUUGGAUUAUGGAAAGCUUAAGGAAGCGAUUGAGACGGAGCUGACUGAAACGGGGUACAUGGUAACUGAGUUCACUAUGGCCAAAGUGAUUCAGCUGCAUGAGACCAAGAGCUCCCGGCACUCCGUCAUGAUUGUGGGCAAAACGGGCAGUGGCAAGACCGUAGCGUGGCGGACAUUACAGGGGGCCUUGUCGGCUCUCCAUAAGAGUGGGGACACCAAUUACAAUCUUGUCAAGGACUUUCCUCUGAACCCAAAAGCAGUGUCGCUGGGUGAGCUUUAUGGCGAGUAUGAUCUGUCGACAAAUGAAUGGACGGAUGGUGUGCUCUCCAAUCUUAUGAGGACAGCCUGUGCAGAUGAGAAGCCAGAUGAGAAGUGGAUCCUGUUUGACGGACCUGUAGACACACUCUGGAUUGAGAGCAUGAACUCAGUCAUGGAUGACAAUAAGGUGCUGACACUGAUCAACGGGGAGCGGAUAUCAAUGCCAGAUCAGGUUUCGUUGCUCUUUGAGGUGGAGAAUCUGGCAGUGGCUUCCCCUGCCACUGUGUCUCGCUGCGGAAUGGUCUACCACGACUACACGGACCUGGGGUGGAAACCAUACGUUGAGUCCUGGCUGAACAAACGAGCCAAGGAUGAACAAGAGCAUCUUCAGGAAAUGUUCCAGAAAAGUGUCGGGAAGACACUGCAGUUCAAGAAACAUAACUGCAAAGAGCUGAUUCCAAUUGCUGAGCAUUGCGGAGUGGUCUCUCUGUGCAAUCUGUAUGAGACCUUGGCUACGGUGGAGAAUGGGGUGAACCCGGCUGACCCUGAUAACUACAUGCACAUGAUUGGGAUGGUCUUUAUGUUCAGUUUGAUCUGGUCCGUGUGUGCAGCUGUAGAUGAGGACGGAAGGAAAAAGAUGGACAACUUCUUGCGGGAGAUGGAUGGCAGCUUUCCGAGCAAGGAAACUGUCUAUGAGUAUUACGUAGACCCAAAAACCAAGGUCUGGACCUCCUUUGAGGAAAAGCUGGCAAAGUCAUGGCGAUAUCCCAGCAACAUUCCGUUUUAUAAAAUCAUCGUGCCCACCGUGGAUACAGUGCGAUAUAACUUGCUGGUUAGCAGCUUGGUGUCCAAUCAGUGCCCCGUGCUGCUUGUGGGGCCAGUUGGGACUGGGAAGACCUCUGUUGGUCAGAAUGCACUUCAGACCCUUGACUCUGUCAAGUGGUCAGUACUGAUAGUGAACAUGUCAGCUCAGACCACAUCUAAAAAUGUCCAGGAUGUUAUAGAGAGUCGCGUGGAGAAAAGAACAAAAGGGGUUUAUGUUCCUGUUGGUGGUAAAAAGCUUAUCACCUUCAUGGAUGACCUGAACAUGCCAGCCAAAGACACCUUCGGCUCCCAGCCGCCGUUGGAGCUCCUCCGCCUGUGGAUAGAUUACGGCUUUUGGUAUGACCGACUCAAACAAACCGUGAAACACAUAAAGGACAUGUUUCUAAUGGGUGCAAUGGGUCCCCCUGGAGGGGGAAGAACCAUCAUCUCACCUCGCCUUCAAAGCAGGUUUAACCUGAUCAACAUGACGUUUCCUGCGACUUCCCAGAUCAAGCGUAUUUUCAGUACAAUGAUAAACCAGAAAUUGCAGGACUUUGAUGAGCAGAUGAAGCCAAUUGGCAAUGUCAUUACAGAUGCCACCAUCGAACUUUACAAUGCAGUUGUUCAGAAAUUCCUGCCCACACCCACCAAGAUCCACUAUCUCUUCAAUCUCAGAGAUAUCUCCAAGAUCUUCCAAGGGAUGCUUCGCGUGCACAAGGACUACCAUGACACGAAAGCAAGUAUCUCGCGGCUGUGGGUCCAUGAGUGUUUCAGGGUAUUUUCCGACCGGUUUGUGGAGCAUAAAGACAUGGAACUGUUUGUGACACUACUGAAUGAGAAAUUGGGCACUUUCUUAGACAUAACCUUCCACAGCCUCUGUCCAAAUAAGCAGUCACCCAUCUUUGGUGACUUCAUGCGAGGAGAUGUAUAUGAAGACCUAACAAACUUCAAAGUCUUGAAAACGUACAUGGAGCACCAGCUGAAUGAGUAUAACUCUGCCCCUGGGGUGGUGCCAAUGAGCCUCGUCUUGUUCAAAGAUGCUAUCGAACAUGUGACGAGGAUUAUCCGUGUGAUCAGUCAGCCUCGUGGGAACAUGCUGUUGGUUGGGAUAGGGGGCAGUGGACGACAGAGUCUGUCUCAGCUAUCUGCCUUCAUCUCUGACUACAACACCUACCAAAUUGAAGUUACCAAGGUCUACCGCAAGCUGGAGUUUAGAGAAGACCUGAAGAAAAUCUACCGCGAGGCAGGAGUUGAAAAUAACCCGACAAUGUUCCUGUUUACGGACACCCAGUUAGCUGAAGAGUCCUUCUUAGAAGAUAUUAAUAACAUCCUGAGCUCCGGGGAAGUUCCAAACCUGUUCAAAGCAGACGAGUUUGAAGAGAUUAAAAACGCAUUGUUAGAUGCAGCAAAGGAAGAGUCUAUAUCUGAAACAAAUGAAAAUAUCUUCAAUUUUCUAAUGGAAAGAGUACGCAAUAACCUUCAUGUUGUGCUGUGCAUGAGUCCUAUCGGAGACCCUUUCAGGAAUCGUGUCCGCCAGUACCCAGCACUGGUGAACUGUACCACCAUUGACUGGUUCUCCGAAUGGCCAAAGGAUGCCUUGCUCGAAGUGGCCGAGCGAUACCUGACGAAUGUGGAGCUUGGAGGUUCGGAGGAGCUCCGCAGUAACUUGGCACACAUCUUUGUGACAAUGCAUCGUUCAGUGACAACGUAUUCUGAAAAAAUGUUGCUGGAACUGCGGAGGCACAAUUACGUCACCCCAACCAACUAUCUGGAGCUGGUGUCCGGUUACAAAAAGCUACUGGAGGAGAAACGCAUCGAACUGAGUUCUCAGGCCAACAAGCUGCGGAAUGGAUUGUCAAAGAUCGACGACACCCGUGAUAAGGUGGAGGUGAUGUCAGUCGAGCUGGAGCAGGCCAAAGUGAAAGUGGCCGAGUUCCAGAAGCAGUGUGAGGAGUAUCUGAUGAUCAUCGUGCAGCAGAAACGGGAAGCUGAUGAACAGCAGAAGACCGUAAGCUCCCACAGUGAGAAGAUUGCAGCAGAAGAGAUAAAAUGCAAAAUAAUGGCAGAAGGUGCCCAAAAGGAACUGGAUGAAGCCAUGCCAGCACUGCAGGAGGCAAUGAAGGCUCUGGAGUCCUUGAAUAAAAAGGACAUGACUGAAAUCAAAUCAUACGGCCGCCCUCCUGUCCUUGUUGAGACGGUGAUGCAAGCAGUCAUGAUUCUUCGAGGAUCAGAGCCAACCUGGGCUGAGGCCAAGAAACAGCUGGGUGAGGGAACAUUCAUUAAGCAGCUCAUUAAUUUCGACAAAGACAAUAUUUCUGACAAAGUGCUGAAGAAAAUUGGAACAUACUGCGCACAACCAGACUUCCAGCCAGAAAUUGUUGGUCGUGUGUCUGUGGCGGCCAAAUCCCUCUGUAUGUGGGUUCUUGCCAUGGAGCUGUACGGCAGACUCUACCGUGUGGUUGAACCCAAGCGAAUUCGCCUCAGGGACGCCAUGGCACAGCUGGCAGAAAAGCAGGCAUCGCUCGCUGAUGCACAGGCUAAGUUAAGAGAGGUGGCUGAGAAGCUGGAUACAUUGAAGAAACUAUAUGAUGAAAAACUGGCUCAAAAGGAAGAUCUGCGCAAAAGGUCAGAGGAGAUGGAGAUCAAACUGGACCGUGCCGCUAAACUGCUGUCAGGUCUGGCUGCAGAGAAAGGACGCUGGGAACAGACUGUCAAGGGUCUGGAAUCGGAUAUGGGUUACUUGGUUGGAGACUGCCUGCUGGCCUCGGCCUUCCUCUCAUACAUGGGCCCUUUUCUAUCGAAUUAUCGUGACGAGAUUGUUACCGACAUCUGGAUGAAGGAGAUCAACCAGAGGGCCGUUGCUUGCUCUCCUGAAUUUACAUUUGCAAACUUCCUUUCCAAUCCCACCACAGUACGAGACUGGAAUAUCCAGGGCCUGCCAACAGAUGCCUUCUCCACAGAAAAUGGAGUCAUCGUAACCAGAGGCAACAGAUGGCCUCUGAUGGUGGACCCACAAGGUCAGGCUCUGAAAUGGAUCAAGAACAUGGAGAACUCUAAGGGACUGAAAGUCAUAGACUUUCAGAUGACGGAUUACAUCCGCGUGCUGGAAAAGGGAGUGCAGUUUGGAUCUCCUGUCCUACUCCAGAAUGUUCAUGAAGAACUGGAUCCAUCACUCGCCCCCAUCCUCAAUAAAUCUGUCACUAAAGUUGCUGGGCGGCUGGUGAUGAAACUCGGAGACAAGGAGAUUGAAUACAACAAGGAAUUCCGAUUUUACAUCACUACAAAGUUGUCUAAUCCACACUACGCUCCAGAAAUCUCAGCCAAGACCACCAUCGUCAAUUUUGCUGUCAAAGUGCAGGGCCUUGAAGCACAGUUACUGGGCAAUGUGGUGAGGAAGGAACGGCCUGAACUGGAGGAGCAGAAAGACUCAUUGGUGAUGAACAUUGCAGCCGGCAAGAAGAAACUGAAAGAGCUGGAGGACGAAAUUCUAAGAUUGUUAAAUGAAGCAACAGGCUCACUACUCGAUGAUGUGCAGCUUGUCAACACCUUGCAGACUUCGAAGGUGACUGCCACAGAGGUUGCAGAACAGAUAGAGAGCAGUGAGACCACGGAGGUGAAAAUUGACUCUGCUCGAGAGGGAUACCGCUCGUGUGCCGAGCGAGCGUCCAUCCUCUUCUUUGUGUUGAACGACAUGGGCAAAAUCGACCCCAUGUACCAAUUUGCACUGGAUGCCUAUAUUGACCUCUUCAACCUGAGCAUCGAGAAGAGCAAGCGCAGCCCCAAGCUUCUGGAGCGCAUCAUCAAUCUCAACGAGUACCACACCUAUGCUGUGUACAGGUACACUUGCCGAGGGCUCUUUGAACGGCACAAGCUGCUUUUCAGUUUCCAGGUGUGCAUCAAGAUCCUGGAGGUGGCUGGGAAACUCAACAUGGACGAGUACAACUUCUUCCUACGUGGGGGUGUGGUGUUGGACAGAGAGGAGCAGAUGGACAAUCCUUGUCCUGGCUGGCUUGCAGACGUCAAUUGGGACAACAUCACCGAGCUCGAUAAAUUGACAAACUUUCAUGGAAUUAUGAAUUCCUUUGAGCAGUAUCCCAAAGACUGGCAUACCUGGUACACCAACUCCGAGCCUGAAACGGCAGUGCUGCCAGUGGAAUGGGACAAUACCUGCAACGAGCUACAGCGCAUGCUGAUUGUACGCUCCUUGAGACAGGACCGCAUCGCAUUCUGCGUGACGUCGUUCAUUGUUAACAACCUCGGCUCCAAGUUUGUGGAACCCCCUGUGCUGGACAUGAGAUCGGUCAUCGAUGACUCCAACUCUAGGACCCCAUUGAUAUUUGUGCUGUCCCCAGGGGUUGAUCCCACCAACUCCCUGCUACAGCUCGCAGACCACUCGGGUAUGGCAAGCAGGUUCCUCGCGCUGUCGCUGGGUCAAGGGCAAGCGCCUAUUGCCACACGAAUGAUCACAGAAGGGGUAUCUGAAGGAAACUGGGUAUUCCUUGCAAACUGCCACCUGUCACUCUCAUGGAUGCCCCAGUUGGACAAGCUGAUAGAACAGCUGCAGAUCCAGGAUCCGCAUCCCGACUUCCGGCUCUGGAUAAGUUCCAGUCCGCAUCCUGACUUUCCGGUCUCCAUCCUACAGACCAGCAUCAAGAUGACGACGGAACCACCAAAGGGCAUCAAAGCGAACAUGAAGCGAUUGUACAACCUGGUGACCAAUCAGCAAUUCAAACGCUGCUCCAAGCCCAAGAAGUACAGGAAGCUGCUGUUCGCCAUGUGUUUCUUCCACAGUAUCCUCCUGGAGCGCAAGAAAUUCCAACAACUCGGCUGGAACAUUAUCUAUGGGUUCAAUGACUCAGACUUUGAGGUGUCAGAAAACCUACUCAGCAUUUACCUGGAUGAAUAUGAUGCUACACCCUGGGACGCUCUGAAGUAUCUGAUUGCAGGGGUGAAUUAUGGAGGCCACGUGACUGAUGACUGGGAUCGCCGGCUGCUGAGCACAUACAUCAAUGAUUACUUCUGUGACCGAGCGGUUACCACUCCUUACUUCAAACUUUCGAUAUUGGAUAAUUAUUACAUCCCUAAAGAUGGAGACCUGGAAUCUUACCGAGAGUACAUCAACAUGCUGCCUGCCAUGGAGCACCCCGAGGCUUUCGGGCAACAUCCUAAUGCUGACGUAGCCAGUGAGAUCAUAGAAGCCCGAAGACUCUUCGACACUCUGCUGUCACUUCAGCCGCAGAUCACCACUGCCGUGGGCAAAGGAAUGUCCAGAGAGGAAAAGGUGCUCGAGCUAUUGGCCGAUGUGCUGCAAAAGACCCCAGAGGACCUGGACUAUGAAGGAACCCAGCAGGUGUUGCAGGAUGAACAUUCUCCGCUGAAUGUUGUGCUGUUGCAGGAGAUCCAGCGAUAUAACAUUGUUCUCAACAUCAUCAGGUCAUCCCUCAUUGAGCUAAAGAUGGCAAUCCAAGGGCUGGUGGUCAUGUCUACAGAUCUGGAGGAAAUAUUUAGCUGUAUCCAUGACGCUCAUGUUCCUUCUUUAUGGGAAUUGGCCUACCCAUCGAUGAAGCAGCUUGGAGCCUGGACCCGUGACCUUAUACACAGAGUGGAGCAGCUGGCCAAAUGGGCAGAGACCACUCACCCACCAGUCAUUUUCUGGAUGUCUGGAUUCACUUUCCCUACAGGAUUCCUCACUGCAGUGUUGCAGCUGGCAGCCCGUAAGAACACGAUAUCAGUGGAUUCGCUCUCCUGGGAAUUCAUUGUUUCCGUGGUCGACGAUAAUAACCUGCUGGAGCCUCCCAAGGACGGUGUGUAUGUGAAAGGGAUGUUCCUACAGGGAGCAGGCUGGGACAAGAAGAGUGCUUGUCUGGUGGAAGCUGAACCUAUGCAGCUGGUCUGUCCCAUGCCCUCAAUUCACUUCAAACCAGUGGAAAAUAAAAAGAAAUCCGGCAAAGGGAUCUAUUCCUGUCCAUGUUAUUACUACUCCCAGCGAGCAGGGAGCAACCGACACACAUCGUUCGUGGUGGGGAUUGAGCUGAAGACUGGGGACAAACCAUCAGAUCACUGGAUCAAACGGGGCACAGCGCUGUUACUAAGCCUCGAUUAUUAGCACAUCCACCCCUGACCCUCACCAUUAGGAUUUGAUAAUAAUGGGAAUGCUGCUGCUAUAAACCCAAAGGGAACAUCAUUUUUGAUGAGUCCAGUAGGCAAAUCUUACCAGUACACUGCACCUUCCUGUUGCUCCUUGUGUUAUUGGCAGUCGAGCUUCACAAUCAGAAGCAUUGUUUAAUUAAAUACUGUGCA